UUUAUAAUGGAUCACGAAACAACAUUAGCCGAACUACUUGGCCUGAAUCUGCACGAAUGUGAAGAAGAGGUUAAGAAUAUUGUAGACAAGGCCGUCAAGGAAAUGUCUAUGGAGAAGAUAUUGCGAGAUUUGAAUACAACAUGGUCUGCGAUGGAAUUUGAUCAUGAACUCCAUCCACGCACCGGAUGUAAUCUCCUCAGAGCCUCGGAAGAACUCAUAGAGACUCUCGAAGAUAAUCAAGUUUGUCUACAGAAUCUAAUAACAUCCAAGUACAUCGCCCAUUUCCUCGAAGAGGUAUCAACAUGGCAGAAUAAGCUAAUGAUAGCCGAUCAGGUGAUAACCGUUUGGUUCGAGGUGCAACGCACUUGGACCCAUCUCGAGAGUAUCUUCAUGAGUUCGGAAGAUAUACGUAAACAGCUACCAGUCGACUCGGAUCGUUUCGAUCGCAUCGAUACGGAAUUUCGUAUACUAAUGAGCGAGAUGGCUCAGUCGAAUAAUGUGGUGGCAUCGACUAAUCGAGCCGGGUUGAUUGAACGCUUGGAAACCUUGCAGAAGGAGCUUACACUAUGCGAAAAGGCUUUGGCAGAGUAUUUGGAAACGAAACGUUUGGCUUUUCCUCGUUUUUACUUUGUAUCCUCCGCUGAUCUAUUGGAUAUUUUAAGCAAUGGCAUACAACCGGACAUGGUGACGAAGCAUUUAACGAAACUGUUUGAUUCUAUAGCACGCUUGAAAUUCAAUCAGGGUGAAAAGAAUGAAAUCGAAACGGCUUCAGGUAUGUAUGCCAAGGAUGGUGAAUAUGUGGAAUUCAAUGAGGUGACCAAUAUGCGUGGUCCCGUCGAAGUGUGGCUCAAUCGUAUACAGGCCGCCAUGAGAGCCUCUUUACGCUUCUAUAUUUCCGAAGCCGUGGUGGCCUAUGAGGAAAAGCAACGUGAGCAAUGGUUAUUCGACUAUCCUGCCCAAGUAUCGCUCUGUGGUUCGCAAAUUUGGUGGUCUACAGAAGUGAAUAUAGCCUUUAGCCGCCUGGAAGAGGGUUACGAUAAUGCCAUCAAGGAUUACUACAAGAAACAGAUCUCGCAAUUGAGUUUGCUGAUCACUCUUUUGUUGGGGGAACUCACUAAGGGCGAUCGUCAAAAGAUUAUGACCAUUUGCACCAUUGAUGUACAUUCACGUGACGUGGUGGCCAAAAUGAUUCAGGCCAAAUUAGAUUCCGGUUCGGCCUUUAUGUGGCAAUCCCAGUUGCGCCAUCGUUUCGACGAUGUGGAGAAAGACUGUUUUGCCAACAUAUGUGAUGCAGAAUUUCGCUAUAAUCAUGAGUAUUUGGGCAAUACACCACGUUUGGUUAUCACUCCUUUAACCGAUCGCUGUUACAUCACUUUGACCCAGAGUUUACAUUUGGUAAUGGGUGGUGGUCCAGCCGGACCUGCUGGCACAGGUAAAACGGAAACUACUAAAGAUUUAGGCAGAGCUAUUGGUAUUAUGGUUUAUGUUUUCAACUGUUCGGAACAAAUGGAUUAUCAAUCGUGUGGCAACAUCUACAAAGGUUUAGCCCAGACCGGAGCUUGGGGUUGUUUUGAUGAAUUCAAUCGCAUUACAGUGGAGGUUUUAUCGGUGGUAGCGGUACAGGUGAAAUCUGUACAAGAUGCCAUACGUGAUAAGAAGGAUACGUUUAAUUUUAUGGGCGAAAUGAUUACAUGUGUACCCACUGUGGGUAUAUUCAUUACUAUGAAUCCCGGCUAUGCCGGACGUACUGAAUUACCGGAGAAUUUAAAGGCAUUAUUUAGACCCUGUGCUAUGGUGGUGCCAGAUUUUGAAUUGAUUUGCGAAAUUAUGUUGGUAGCUGAGGGAUUUCAAGAUGCUCGUGUUCUGGCGCGCAAAUUUAUAACUUUAUAUACUUUAUGCAAAGAGCUGUUGUCCAAACAGGAUCAUUAUGAUUGGGGUUUAAGAGCUAUUAAAUCGGUUUUAGUUGUAGCCGGUUCAUUGAAGCGAGGUGACCCCGGACGCCCCGAGGAGGAAGUGCUAAUGAGAGCUUUGAGAGAUUUUAAUAUACCCAAAAUUGUCACAGAUGAUAUGCCAGUAUUUAUGGGCUUGAUAAGUGAUCUCUUCCCUGCUCUCGAUGUGCCGCGCAAAAGAGAUCAAGAUUUCGAAAGGACCGUAAAGCAAGCCGCUUCCGAUUUACUGCUACAAACGGAAGAUACUUUUAUACUAAAAGUAGUACAACUAGAGGAACUAUUAGAAGUAAGACAUUCCGUUUUUAUUGUUGGUAAUGCUGGCACUGGGAAGACACAAGUAUGGAAAACCCUAUUGCGCACCUACCAGAAUAUCAAACGGAAACCCAUAUUCAACGAUUUAAAUCCAAAAGCUGUUACCAAUGAUGAAUUGUUCGGCAUAAUAAAUCCCGCCACUCGAGAGUGGAAAGAUGGUUUGUUCUCGGUAAUAAUGAGAGAUCAAGCAAACAUAACGGGUGAUCAACCCAAGUGGAUUGUGCUCGAUGGUGAUAUAGAUCCCAUGUGGAUUGAAAGUUUAAAUACCGUUAUGGAUGACAACAAAGUCUUGACUUUGGCCAGUAAUGAGCGCAUUGCGUUGACGCCUUCGAUGCGUUUGCUUUUUGAGAUUUCAAAUUUGAGAACAGCCACACCGGCUACGGUCUCAAGAGCGGGUAUUUUGUAUAUAAAUCCUCAGGAUUUGGGUUGGAAUCCUUAUGUGACCAGUUGGGUGGAAACACGUAAAAUACCCUCCGAAAAGUCCAAUUUAGUUAUGUUAUUUGAUAAAUAUAUACCAGCUUCAUUGGAAACUAUCAGAGUUCGUUUUAAGAAGAUUACACCCAUUGCCGAAAUGGCUCACAUACAAAUGUUAUGUCAUCUGCUGGAAUGCUUUUUGACCCCGGCCAACACACCAGCCGACUGUCCCAAAGAGUGGCAUGAACUUUAUUUCGUUUUUGCCUGCAUUUGGGCAUUCGGUUCGGCUAUGUUCCAGGACCAAACCAUUGACUAUCGUGUAGAGUUUAGCAAAUGGUGGGUUAAUGAGUUCAAAACGGUUAAAUUUCCCCAAGGUGGCACUGUUUUCGAUUACUUUUUGGAUUGUGAAACUAAGCAGUUUGUUCCCUGGACCGAUAAAAUACCCAAAUUUGAAUUGGAUGGUGAUUUACCUUUGCAGGCUAUCUUGGUUCAUACUUCUGAAUCCAUACGAAUAAGAUUCUUUUUGGAUUUACUUAUGGACAAAAAACAUCCGGUAAUGUUGGUGGGCACUGCCGGCUGUGGUAAAACGGUGCUGGUUAAUGAAAAACUCCAAUCGUUGUCGGAAAACUAUGCCGUCACCACCAUACCCUUUAAUUACUAUACAACUUCGGAAAUGUUGCAGAAAAUCUUAGAGAAACCUUUAGAGAAAAAAGCUGGUCGUAAUUAUGGACCACCUGGCAAUAAAACCCUAAUAUAUUUCAUCGAUGAUAUGAAUAUGCCCGAGGUGGACUGUUAUGGUACGGUCCAGCCUCAUACCCUAAUGCGUCAACAUUUGGAUUAUGGUCAUUGGUAUGAUCGCAACAAGUUAACUUUGAAAGAUAUACACAAUUGUCAAUAUGUCGCCUGUAUGAACCCUACAGCUGGCAGUUUCACCAUUAAUCCCCGUUUACAACGUCACUUUUGUGUGUUGGCUGUAAGUUUUCCCGGCGCUGAGUCCAUAACUACCAUGUACUACUCGAUAUUGUCACAACAUUUUACCAAUGCCGAACAAAAGUUUAAUCCCAUAGUAACAAGAAUGUCGGGGAACAUAGUGGCGGCUACCUUGGCUUUACACAAUAUCAUCGCAGAUCUUUUACCCACAGCCAUUAAAUCGCAUUAUAUAUUCAAUUUACGCGAUAUAAGCAAUGUUUUUCAGGGUCUACUUUUCAGUACAACCGAUUGUUUGCCCACCGCUACGGAUCUAAUACGUCUGUGGCAGCAUGAAACACAACGUGUCUAUGCCGAUAAACUGAUCGAUGAAAAGGAUAUUGAUAGUUUUACGAAAAUGCAACAUGACAUUGUGAAGAAAUCCUUUGAAGAAAUUGACGAAUCGGUGAUAUUUGAUAAACCGAAUAUUUAUUGUCAUUUCGCCGGAGGAAUUGGUGAACCCAAGUACAUGCCCAUCAAGGGUUGGACUGAGCUUCACAAACUCCUCACGGAGGCAAUGUCUUCAUAUAAUGAUCUUGUUGCCGCCAUGAAUUUAGUACUUUUUGAGGAUGCCAUGAUGCAUGUGUGUCGUAUAAAUCGUAUAUUGGAAUCGCCACGUGGCAGUGCUCUACUGGUGGGUGUCGGCGGCAGCGGUAAACAGUCGUUGGCUCGUUUGGCAGCGUUUAUUUCGAGUUUGGAAGUCGUGCAGAUUCAACUGAAAAAGGGUUAUGGCAUAAAUGAUUUAAAGAAUGAAUUUUCAGGUUUAUAUUUGAAGGCAGGCCUAAAGAAUGUGGGCAUUAUGUUUCUCAUGACAGAUGCUCAAAUUCCCAAUGAAGAUUUUCUAGUCCUUAUCAACGAUAUGCUGUCCACUGGCGAGAUUCCAGAUCUAUUCCCCGACGAUGAAAUUGAGAAUAUUAUAGCCGGUGUGCGCAAUGAGGUCAAAGGUGCUGGUUUGGUGGAUUCUCGUGAAAAUUGCUGGAAAUUCUUUAUAGAUCGUGUACGUAAACAGCUGAAAAUAGUUCUGUGUUUCUCGCCCGUUGGUUCAACAUUACGUGUUCGGUCCAGGAAAUUCCCUGCCAUCAUCAAUGCCACCUCCAUUAAUUGGUUUCAUGAGUGGCCUCAGGAGGCUCUUAUAUCAGUGGCCAUGAAUUUCCUUUCGCAAAAUCAAGUUUUACCCGCAAAUCAUCAGGAUUCGGUGGCUAAAUUUAUGGCUUAUGUUCACACCUCGGUGAAUACCAUGUCCAAGGUGUAUUUACAAAAUGAAAGACGUUAUAAUUACACCACACCCAAAAGUUAUUUGGAGCAGAUCAGUUUAUACCUUAAGCUUCUCAAUGACAAGCAUAAGGAUUUGCAAAGUAAAAUUGUGCGAUUGGAAAAUGGUUUAGAGAAAUUGCGUUCCACAGCGGUACAAGUGGCAGAUCUUAAAGUAAAAUUGGCGGUACAGGAAAUUGAGCUUAAAGAGAAAAAUGAAGCUGCCGAUGCUUUAAUAGAGAUAGUGGGCAUAGAAACUGAGAAGGUGCAAACCGAGAAGGGUUUCGCCGAUGAGGAGGAAAUGAAGGUGGCUUUUAUAGCCGAUGAGGUGUCGAAAAAACAGAAAGAUUGUGAGGAAGAUUUGUUAAAAGCAGAACCGGCUUUGGUGGCCGCCCAAGAAGCUUUGAAUACCUUAAACAAAGCCAAUCUAACAGAAUUGAAAUCAUUUGGUUCGCCACCGGGAGCCGUAACCAAUGUCACCGCUGCUGUUAUGGUUUUACUGGCUCCGGGUGGUAAAUUACCCAAAGAUCGUUCUUGGAAGGCUGCCAAAAUUUCCAUGGCUAAAGUGGACACAUUUUUGGAUUCUUUGAUUAAUUAUGAUAAGGAAAAUAUUCACCCGGAGAUUAUUAAAGCCAUACAUCCCUAUCUAAAAGAUCCCGAGUUUGAACCGGAGUUUGUUAGAUCAAAAUCGGGAGCUGCGGCAGGUCUAUGUGCUUGGGUUAUUAAUAUUAUUAAGUUUUAUGAGGUUUUCUGUGAUGUGGAGCCCAAGAGGAAAGCUUUAGCGGCAGCAAAUGCUGAGCUGGCGGCUGCUCAGGAGAAAUUGGCGGGUAUUAAGCGUAAGGUUACGAGUUUGGAAGAACAACUUGCCAAGUUGACAGCCGAUUUUGAACAGGCCACUGCUGAUAAAUUACGCUGCCAGCAAGAGGCCGAUGCUACUCAAGCUACCAUAGCUUUGGCUAAUCGUUUAGUGGGUGGUCUGGCUAGUGAAAAUGUACGCUGGGCUGAAGCUGUUAAUAACUUCGUUAAACAGGGCAUAACCCUACCGGGAGAUAUACUGCUAAUCACAGCUUUUAUAUCGUACGUGGGCUGUUUCACCAAACAAUUUCGCAUAGAUUUGAUACAAAAAAUGUGGACUCCAUUCCUAAAGAAUAUAGAUCCACCUAUACCUACCACAGAGAAUCUAGAUCCCUUAUCUCUACUAACAGAUGAUACCACCAUAGCUAUAUGGACAAAUGAGGGUCUACCAUCGGAUCGUAUGUCUAUAGAAAAUGCCACUAUACUAUCGAAUUCCGAUCGAUGGCCGUUAAUGAUAGAUCCACAGUUACAAGGAGUUAAAUGGAUCAAACAAAAAUAUGGUGAACAGUUAAUAGUCAUACGCAUGGGUCAACGUAGCUAUUUGGAGGAAAUCGAGAAAGCCAUUACCAAGGGCAAUACGGUGUUAAUAGAAAAUAUCGAUGAACAAUUGGAUCCAGUAUUGGAUUCGUUAUUGGGACGUAACUUAAUUAAAAAGGGAAAGGCCAUUAAAAUCGGUGACAAAGAAGUUGAGUACAAUUCCAAUUUCCGCUUGAUUUUACACACAAAAUUAGCAAAUCCUCACUAUAAACCUGAAAUGCAAGCACAAACCACAUUAAUUAAUUUCACGGUUACACGCGAUGGCCUAGAAGAUCAACUUUUGGCCGAAGUAGUUAAAGCCGAAAGACCCGAUUUGGAGGAAUUAAAAGCUGAACUAACUAAACAACAAAAUGAUUUUAAAAUAAUGCUUAAACAAUUGGAAGAUGAUUUACUGUCUCGUUUGUCCUCGGCAGGGGAGAAUAUUUUGGGAGAUACGGCUUUAGUAGAGAAUUUGGAGACUACCAAAAGUACUGCCUCAGAAAUUGAGGAGAAGGUGGCUGAGGCUAAAAUAACUUCCAAAGAAAUUGAUAAAGCCCGAGAAUAUUAUCGUCCGGCUGCUGCUAGAGCCAGUUUGUUGUAUUUUAUUUUGAAUGAGCUUAAUACCAUCAACCCGAUAUAUCAGUUUUCUUUAAAGGCUUUUAGUGUGGUUUUCCAGAAGGCCAUUGCCAAGGCUGACCCUGGCGAAACUUUAAAUCAGCGAGUUUUAAAUUUAAUCGAUUGUAUUACCUAUUCGGUAUUUCAAUAUACCUCGAGAGGCCUGUUUGAAUGUGAUAAAUUAAUAUUUGCUUCACAAAUGACUUUCCAGAUUCUUCUUAUGAACGAAGAAAUAACUUCUGCGGAACUAGAUUUCCUACUCCGCUUCCCGAUUAAACCGCACGUCACCAGUCCAGUUGAUUUUCUAUCCAAUCAAUCGUGGGGCGGAAUAUGCAGUCUAGCUUCCAAAGAUGAAUUUAGAAAUUUAGAUCGUGACAUUGAAACUUCUUCGAAACGUUGGAAAAAACUAGUGGAAUCCGAAUUACCGGAAAAGGAGAAAUUUCCUCAGGAAUGGAAGAACAAAACUGCUCUACAGAGGCUAUGCAUGAUAAGGGCCUUGAGACCGGAUCGUAUGACUUAUGCUUUAGCAGACUUUAUAGAGGAAAAACUUGGCUCUAAAUAUGUGGAAAAUCGUGCCAUGGAAUUCGCCAAGUCCUUUGAGGAAGCUUCACCCUCUACCCCCAUCUUCUUUAUUUUAUCGCCCGGUGUAAAUCCUCUUAAAGAUGUUGAAGCCUUAGGCAAACUUCUAGGUUAUUCGCAAGACCUGGAUAAUUUUCACAAUGUUUCGUUGGGUCAGGGUCAAGAGGCUAUAGCUGAGGCCGCCAUGGAUACGGCUGCCAAAAAUGGCCACUGGGUUGUUUUGCAAAAUAUACAUUUGGUACGCAAAUGGCUGCCGGUUUUGGAAAAGAAAUUGGAAUAUUAUGCCGAAGGUUCACAUCCAGACUAUCGUAUGUUUUUGAGUGCUGAACCGGCUUCCACACCCUCGGCCCAUAUAAUACCACAGGGCAUUUUGGAAUCCUCCAUUAAAAUCACCAAUGAACCACCCACUGGCAUGUUGGCCAAUCUCCAUAAGGCUUUGGACAAUUUCACCCAAGAGACUCUGGAAAUGUCGGGAAAAGAAGCCGAAUUUAAGGCUAUACUCUUUUCACUUUGCUACUUUCAUGCUGUUGUUGCGGAACGUCGUAAAUUUGGGCCUCAGGGUUGGAAUAAGGUCUAUCCCUUUAAUGUGGGAGAUCUGAAUAUUAGUGUAUCGGUGCUUUACAACUAUUUGGAGGCCAACGCUAAAGUGCCUUGGGAAGAUUUACGUUAUUUAUUUGGUGAAAUUAUGUAUGGUGGUCAUAUCACCGACGACUGGGAUCGUAAACUUUGUAUAACAUAUUUAGAGGAAUAUAUGCAACCGGAUUUGGUGGAUGGAGAGUUGUUUUUGGCUCCCUCCUUUCCAGCUCCUCCUAACACUGAUUAUUUGGGUUAUCAUGCCUAUAUAGAUGAGAAUAUGCCAGCUGAGUCUCCCUAUCUGUAUGGCUUGCAUCCAAAUGCUGAAAUUGGGUUUUUGACAACACGAGCCGAAAACAUAUUCCGUACGGUAUUUGAAAUGCAACCGAGAGAUGCUGGCGCUGGUGGCGGAGCCACUGUAACGCGUGAGGAUAAAGUUAAGCAAAUCGUGGAUGAGAUUAUAGAAAAAUUACCGGAGGAAUUCAAUAUGAUAGAAAUCAUGAAUAAAGUAGAGGAAAGAACUCCCUAUGUUAUAGUAGCCUUCCAAGAAUGUGAGCGCAUGAAUUAUUUAACCAGUGAAAUGAAGAGAAGUCUUAAAGAAUUGGACUUAGGCUUAAAAGGAGAACUAACUAUAACCUCUGAUAUGGAGGUGUUAGAAAAUGCAUUAUUCUUGGAUCAAGUGCCGCCAGUAUGGACCCAAAGAGCCUAUCCUUCUCUCUUGGGUUUAAAUAAUUGGUUUAUUGAUUUGUGUCUACGUUUGCGAGAAUUGGAGACUUGGUCUACUGAUUUUGUGUUGCCCUCUUGUGUUUGGUUGGCUGGCUUUUUCAAUCCUCAAUCAUUAUUAACGGCAAUUAUGCAAAGUACUGCUCGUCGCAAUGAGCUGCCAUUGGACAAAAUGUGUUUGCAGUGUGAUGUGACCAAAAAGCAAAAAGAAGAUUUUACAUCAGCGCCAAGAGAAGGCGCCUACGUUCAUGGCAUAUUUAUGGAAGGCGCCAGAUGGGAUAUACAACAAGGUAUAAUUAUGGAGUCGCGUCUUAAAGAACUUUAUCCCCCAAUGCCGGUCAUUAAUAUACGAGCCAUUACCCAGGAUAAACAGGAUUUGCGCAAUAUGUAUGAGUGUCCCGUCUAUAAGACACGCACUCGUGGUCCCACUUACGUUUACUUUAAUUUAAAAACUAAGGAUAAACCAGGCAAAUGGACUUUGGCUGGUGUGGCUUUAUUGUUACAAACAUAA